CUAAACCGUUUAACGUUACAUUGGCUUAACGUCUUCAGUGCUGAUAGAACACUGAGCCCACGUUCAACGAUAAUAAUACACACUCGCAAUUGUUUACAUGCUAGCUAACUAACGUUAGCGUUUCAAUACUAACGUUACGCGUGUGGCAUCAAUCAGUUUUUACCACAUUAUUAGGCAAAUUGGCACUACGUUAUUGUAUAAAAUGUAACUGUUAAUUAAAAAAUCCAGGCAUUUUAUAACCCACCAGGAUUAAUACACAGUUUAAAUAACUGCUAUUUCAAAUGGGGUUUAUAGCGUUAGCGAUAAUUAGCCAACUAGCUACGUGACGUUAGCUCCGAGCAUUGACAGGUCGGCAGGCAAGCGAAACCCUGCGUGCUGUGUCCACUGCACUGCCCUCUUCACACCAUUCAGUGAGACAGGACGGAUAGCAGUGAAAGAGAAAGAAAGACCAGAGGAAAGCAAGGCGAUGACAACACUACAAGACACGGAAGAUGCCAGUGAAACAGAUCUUGCCAAGCACGACGAGGAUGACUAUGUUGAAAUCAAAGAGCAAAUGUACCAAGACAAACUGGCCUCUCUGAAAAGACAGUUGCAGCAAUUACAAGAAGGUACACUGCAGGAGUAUCAGAAAAGGAUGAAGAAGCUGGACCAGCAGUACAAAGAGAGACUCCGAAAUGCAGAUCUGUUUCUCCAGCUUGAGACAGAGCAGGUGGAGAGGAACUACAUCAAGGAGAAGAAGGCAGCGGUGAAGGAGUUUGACGAUAAAAAGGUUGAACUGAAGGAAAACCUAAUUGCAGAGUUGGAGGAAAAGAAGAAGAUGAUCGAGAAUGAAAAAUUAACAAUGGAGCUGACAGGCGAUUCAAUGGAGGUAAAACCUAUCAUGACUCGGAAGCUGAGGAGACGGCCCAAUGAUCCAGUCCCAAUACCAGAUAAACGGAGAAAACCUGCACCAGCUCAGCUAAAUUAUUUGUUAACAGAUGAACAGAUAAUGGAAGACCUAAGAACACUUAAUAAGCUCAAGUCACCAAAACGGCCGGUGUCUCCCUCGUCUCCAGAGCACGUCCCCUCCGCUCCCAUGGAGAACCCCUCCCAGCGGUAUGAGGCCCGCAUCGAGGAGGGGAAGCUUUACUACGACAAAAGAUGGUACCACAAGAGCCAGGCCAUCUAUCUGGAGUCAAAGGACAACACAAAGAUUAGCUGUGUCAUCAGCUCAGUUGGGACCAAUGAGAUUUGGGUGAGGAAGACGAGCGACAGUACAAAGAUGAGGAUCUACCUGGGACAGCUGCAGAGGGGAGCGUUUGUCAUCCGUCGACGGUCGGCUGCGUGAAACAUUACCCCUCCCAUCCCCUCCCCACCCAACCCCCAUCUGUUCAUCUGUCCAUUCACCGGCUCCUUCAUCCUCGAUUUCUCUAUUUGGUGCAUCUCAAUUGAGUUAUUCUUCAUCACAUACACUACCCCCCCAGUUAUAGAAGCAUACAUACACACACACACACACACACACACACACA